AUGAACGAAGAACAUCGCUACACCGGACAAACUACUACUGAGUUAAUCAAACGGACAGGCGAACAGCCUCCAAAGCACGCCAACGGAAGGGAACUGUGCCUCAUUUGGCACACAAAGGGCGAAUGCAAGGAGAACUGUGAACAUGAUGCUGCACCAGACAUUGAUAAGCUUCCGCACCCUGCCGCACCAAUGCUACACCGAGUAAUGAAAAAUGGGGCUCCUGUGGUGGUUCAUUCGGAGCCAUGGAGCCAGAGCCAACUUGACAUGCGAGUCGCUCGGGGCUGUCACUCAUCAGCAAACGAAUUCAAAGAAUUUCUGAUGGAGGAGUUUUUGGAUUUUGGAAGGAAGGGAUUUUGGAUCCUACUUCCAUAUGACGCCAUCAAGGACGAGAAAGGACUUUGCCUUUCUCCAAAUGGCUGCGUACCACAAGAUAACAGAAGACCGCGGAUGAUUGUUGAUUAUUCGUUCUGGGGACUCAAUGACAAGACAAUGAAACUUGCCCCAGAGGGCGCCAUGCAAUUCGGCACGGCCCCACUACGCAUCCGUGAGGCACUCAUGAAGGCAAACCCGGACUAUGGGCCAGUUUACAUGUACAAGAACGACAUGUCGGAUGGUUUCUACCGCAUCCGGCUGUCAACUACCGGCGCACUCAAGCUUGGAGUCAUUUUACCGCGUUUCGAGGGACUUCCACAAUUGGUUGCACUACCACUUGUGCUUCCAAUGGGUUGCACAGAAAGUCCUCCAUGGUUCUGUGCUUUCACGGAAACCGUUGCCGACUUGACAAAUGUUGACUUGCAACAAAACAAGCGAGUGCCACCGCAUCCUUUGGGAAAGGCAGCAGCCAUCACUGACUUUGAAGUGAGGGACGCACAAGUAGUGAGACCUAUACCAAAAUCUCACCAGCCACUGACUUACCAGCGCCCAUUGAAGAAGAUGGAAGUAUUUGUGGACGAUUUUGUUGGAAUGGGCCAAGACCAUCCAAGCAAUCCCUUGACAAAUCAACGAGCCGUCCUCAGCCACAACAUUGACAAGGUCUUCCAACCGAAUCGACCCACCAACAAUCAGUGGCGAAAAGAGCCACAGUCACAAUCGAAAAUGGCCAAGGGAGAUGCCUCUUGGCACACAAUCAAAGAAGCCUUGGGUUGGAACUGGGGAGCGACAACAAAGACAUUGCAAUUGAAAGAGAAACGAGUGAGCAAGGCCCUGUCACUCCUGGGCAAGGUCUUGGAUUGCAAACGCGUCUCCCUGAAACGAUGGCAGCAGGUGUUAGGAGUCUUACGAAGCCUGCAGCCAGGAAUGUCGGGCAGUGAGGGACAUUUCUCCCUGCUGCAGGAUGCACUGAUUCGACAGGUGGAUUGUAGGGUGCGGUUGACUCCUGAGGUCCAUGAGCAACUGGAAAUCUUCCAAGAUUUUCUUCAUGGCCAUGCGAAGCGCCCCACAACACUUGAAGAACUGGUACCAGGCGUUGACUUACACGUUGGCGCUUGCGAUGCGGCAAAGUCGGGAAGGGGAGGAGUGUGGUUCACAGACGAUGGAGAGGCCAUCGUCUGGCGCGAACCAUACCAAGAAGCAGUGAAAAAAGAGGUUAUUUCCGAUCACAAUCUGACAGGAAAACUUACCAACUCAGACUUGGAGCUGGAAGGCACCGUCCUCCAUCAUUUUGUCCUUGGAAAGACCGCCCAGGUGGAAGGCGAAACCACUUAUACUGGCUGUGAUGACACACCAGCAGUGUCAUGGCGCACAAAAGGAUUGUCCACCUCUCGAAAGGCAAGAGCAAGAAUAUUACGGUUAGCGGCAGGAUUACAGCGGGAACAAAGAGCACAUCAUCAUCAACUCUUGGCAACUGUACAGGAUGCCAAACGCCGUGAACUCCUUGAUGACAUCCGUGCUGUUGAACUCAGAAUCGAACACGGAGUCUGUCCUUCAAAAGUUGCAAAGGCAUACUCUGUCUGGACCACAUGGGUUGCCUUCUGCGACAGCCUCACCCUUGACCCAGGAUUGUCAGCGGUCGACGAUCCCUUGCUCAUCAUCCUCCUCUUUGGAACCCAAUGGCGACAUGGAAAAAUUGCCCCCAGUAAGAGACAGGUCCGGGGUCAAACGGCUGAAGCUGCCAUGCGCCAGGUGGGCCAGGCCUUUUCCUCAUUGGGACUGCUCAAUCUGAGGAUGAACCGAUAUGCACCAGGAACAAUGGACUUUUGUUGGACACCGCUGCUGAAAAGUUGGAAGAAAGAGGAUCCAGCAGCACAACGAGUACGCCCAUUGCCCAAGUCCUUGUCAAGGCAAGCAUCAAAGCUUGCCAAAAAACCCACAAGUACGCAUGCCGCAAAGCUAAUGCAUCGAUUGAUGUGGUUGGGGUUUUUCUUUUUGUUACGUUCUGGCAAAUUUCUGUCAAAAGGGGGUACACAAUUUCCUUUCAAGUUGAAGCAAGUGUUUUUUCAUAUCAACGACGCAGAAUUUCGUGGCGACGUCAUUCCCCUUCGCCUCCUGGACAUGCCACUUGUGACAUUCGCCGGUCUGAUAUUUGACAAACAAAAAAAAACGGUGCCAGACAAAAAGAUCUGA